AUGGCUCGGAAGAUGAGCAUCAACGAGCUGGAGGACCAGCUCCUCUGUCCCAUCUGCCUGGAGGUGUUCAAGGAGCCCCUGAUGCUGCAGUGUGGGCAUUCCUACUGCAAGUCCUGCGUGGGGUCUCUCUCGGGAGAGCCGGCGGGGCGGUUCCUGUGCCCCGUGUGCCGCCAGAGCGUGGACCGCGGGGCCUCGCCGCCCAACGUCACGCUGGCCCGCGUCAUCGAGGCCCUGCAGAGCUGGGGGGAGGCAGAGCCCUCCCCGGAGUCCUGCCCCACCCACCGCAACCCCCUCAGCCUCUUCUGCGAGGCCGACCGGGAGGUGAUCUGCGGGCUGUGCGGCACCAUCGGCAGGCACCCGCAGCACCCCANGGCCCCUCCUCCAGAGGUGUUGUCUUUCCAGGAGGAGCUGUCUGUACUGCUGACCGAUGUCCACCAGUACAAGAGGAACCUGGAUGAACACCUCAACAAGCUCCUCAACAACAAAAGCCGCAUCGCAAACGAGGUGGAUGUCUUCAAGUGGGUGAUCCGGAAGGAGUUCCAGGAGCUGCACAGGUACAUCGACGAGGAGAAGGCCACGUUCCUGGAGAGCGUGGAGGGGAAGGCAGCCCAGCUCAUCACCUCCAUUGAGUCCCAGGUCAAGCAGACAUCAGACGCCCUGCAGAGGCUUAGGGAGAUGCAGAGCUCUCUGGAGGCGCUCAGCAACGAGAGCCAGCUUGACUUCAUCCGGAAAUAUGGCUCCUCCCAGUUCAGGUCAGAGCUCCCCAGCCUGCACCCCGGUGACGGCGUCUUUACCCCCGUGUCCUUUAAGCCAUGUUUCCACCAAGACGACAUCAAGAUGACCGUGUGGAAGCGCCUGCACCGCCGCGUCCUUCCAGCUCCAGAGUCGCUGAAACUGGACCCGGUGACAGCGCAUCCCCUCCUGGAGCUCUUCAAGGGUGACACGGUGCUGCAGUGCGGGCUCUACCAGCGCCGGGACAGCAACCCCCAGCGUUUCAACUCCAGCAACUGCAUCCUCACCUGCAAGGGCUUCUCCUGCGGGCAGCACUACUGGGAGGUGAUCGUGGGCACCAGGAACCACUGGCGCGUGGGCAUCAUCAAGGGCACGGUGAGCCGCAAAGGGAAGCUCAAC